CAACUUUCGGCGAAAGUCGAAGCCUGCAAGACGAUAAUAAUUCUGAAAAGAGAGCGAUACCGCCGCAUGAGAUGAAUGUACUGGCGCAGCAAAUUUCAGAAACACUUGAACGGGACGUUCGUCGAGCGGCCCAAAACCCAAAUCGGAAUCCGCCAAAUC